AGGGAGGCGGACGAGAGUGUCUCUGGUGUGCUUUAAUUCCCAUCCAUUGAAAGCACGAACUAAAUUACCGCACUGGUAUGGUAUCUCAUUUGCUGAGAACUAGGCCUAGCUAGAAGGUAGAGAAGGAAGGUAGUUGGAGUGUCGGUUUCCGCAUCUCAGUACUGUAGUUCAUAUUUCACUAACAUCAGCUGCUUCUGUAUAGCACCAGUCCAUUCUGGAAACAAUCUGUGUAAAUGUAACUGUUUGUUCAGUUACCUGCAUAAGCUGAAAUUGAUGUCAAUGAUGUCCGGUCUAAUGGUUGGCCAGGCCUGUUUUGUUCUUCUGUUAUCCGUGUUUACAGUUGUCCACACUUCCUUUCCCAACAAAAUAGCACUUAAAGACGGUGGCUACACUGGCGUGCUUGUCGCAAUUAGCGAAGAUGUUCCAGAAGACCAAUCACUGAUAGACAAGUUAAAGAUGGACUUCAUAAACGGAUCUGAGUUUCUCUUUGAGGCAACUUCAAAGCGAGUUUACUGGAAAGAAAUUACAUUUUUGAUUCCAACAACUUGGAAAAAAAUGGGGAAUUAUUUGCCAGCCACACAUGAAUCAUUUAUACGCGCCAAUAUUAGGAUUGAUAAGCCAAAUGAUUUGUUGCCUCAUACCCCAUAUGUGCUGAUGAAUGAUAAAUGUGGCGCCAAGGGAUUAUACAUGCAUCUCACAGCCGACUACAUUCAGAACUCUACCAUUAAUACCCAGUAUGGCAAUUUAGGAACUGGGCGUGUUCUUGUUCAUGAGUGGGGACAUCUGCGUUGGGGUUUAGCAGAUGAGUAUCCUAAGGACGACAAUCAUUUCUAUGCAUCAACAGAGACGCAACGUAUCGAAGGUAUUCGCUGCUCCAUGGAUGUGAAAAUUAUACCAAUAGCUUCAGGCGAAUCAAAGUGUGAUUACAACUUGGAUGAAGUUAAUGCUAACAACCUCAAUGACAUUAAUGGAUACUGCUUGAGCUAUGAUGAUUUAUCUUCAUCCAAAGCUUUAGCUUCUAUUAUGUAUAAACCCAACAUUAUAAAGUCGGUGACUCAGUUUUGCCAUAAUGAUGUUACAAAACCUGGAUUACACAACUACGAAUCCCCAAACCCACACAAUGAGCUGUGUAACUAUAAAUCUACCUGGGAAGUAAUGUUAAACACGGAUGAUUUUGCUGGAGGAAAAAACCCACCUAUAGAGAUGCAUGUAGACACUAAACCAACAUUUAAGUUCGUUCAGAGGAUACCAACAAGGAUGGUAAUUUUGAUUGAGGCCAGUGAAAGAAUGAAUGAGGGAGAUUAUUUCUUUAGGGUUCGACAAGCUGUAUCCUACUUCAUAGAGCAUAUAGUUGAGAGUGCUAUUCAACUGGGUAUAGUAACAUUUGGCAAGACUGUAAAAGUUUCCAACAACAUUGUACUUCUUUCUAGUAAGGAAAUUCGUCAAAAUAUGGCAAGAACACUGCCUACCACUGGAGAAGGCAAAGCAAAUCUUACAGCAGGCCUCAGCAAGGCUUUAGAGAUCCUUUCAGCAUCGCCAUCUGAUGUAAAAGGCUCUUCCAUCAUGGUGAUCAGUGGUGGUUUAAGUGAGUCAACAUCUGACUUGUCUGCCAUGAAAGACAACCUUCUGAACUCCGGAGUGACAGUGGAUGCAAUUCUCUAUGGUAGUACCCUUGAUGUGGUAGAUGCUGAACUUAUUGAUCUUGUGGAUAUGGUUCAAGGUGUGUGGUUUGGGUUCUCUGGAUAUCAGCAGUCUUGUGCUCUUGAAGAUUCCUUGAUAUCUAUAUUAAUGGAGAGAGCUGAUAUACAUAAAGACAUACCAAAGCAGAUACUUAGCAGAAGUAAUAAUAUAUCAAAAUCGAGAAGAAUGGUAAAUGAUUAUUUCUUUGUUGCAUACUACCUUGGAAAAGAACUUACAUUUACUGUGUUCUUUGCAAAUCAAACUCAACUACAAAACUCGCAGGUAUAUUUGAAUGAUCCAAUGGGUAGACAAAUAAGUACACACGACAAGGCACAGUACUACGAGGAUUUUGAGACUUCAACUAUCACAAUUAAAAUCUUAGGAACAGCCCAGAUUGGAAAUUGGAGUUACCAUAUUAUGUAUGAAGGCUUUGAUGAUUCAAUUAUUGUCAGAACGAAUGUAAUAUCCAAGGUGAAGUCAGGUGUGUUUGACCAGAUUGUAGUAAAUGGUCAGCUAUUGUAUGAAGAGGUUGACUAUUCCGAGGUGCAGAUGCAGAGUCUGUCUGUCACAGUUGCUGAUGAGUAUUCAUUUUUAAUUGGUGCAAGCGUAUCAGUGACAGUAGAUCCCCCAGACGCUCCGCCUAAUAAACUUGCCAUGAUGGAUUUAGAAGUGGAGUUUAAAGGAGUAUAUUAUAACUUUACUGGUGAUGGUUUGUAUACUGUGUCAGUUGAAGUGUACAGUGAAGGGGAGGCUGUGAAGUUAGAUCUAACAGAGGAUUUUGGUGUAUCUGGUGAUGUUGUUCCAUAUGCAAUUGCCAAACGAGCAAAACGUGAUACUAGAGAGACGUAUACGGCCCUUGACCCGUUCACAAUUUCAAUAAUUGUAGGUUCAUUUAGGGUGAAGAACUUUAAAAAGUCCUCAGCAGACAUACACCCUCCAAGUCAAUUUCAAAUUAUGGAAGUAAAAAGUGCGGUUGGAACACCUAGUGAAAAAGUGAUAACCCUUCAGUGGUUCUCACCUGGUGAUAAUUAUUUCUAUGGUCAAGCAAGUUUCUAUGACAUCCGUGUCAGCUUUGAUUUUAAGCAGCUUCUUGAUGACUUUGAAUCUGCAAAACAAAUCACCAAAAAUGAUAUUGUCACAGAAAAAUCCUUCACAGACAUUAACCAACCUGGAGAAGGCUUUACCUUCGAAGAACUUGUUAUCAAGGUUCCGUUACCUAUCGAACAAGAUUCAAUCGUAGCUGUUGCUAUAGUAGCUGUCGAUGCUGCUGGCAACCGAAGUCCUCGCUCAAAUAUCCUUAAUGUAACAUUUGCAAAAAGAAAUUAUUGGAACAUCAUCAUACCAGUGGUGGUUGCAAUCUUGAUGGUGUUAUUAGUGGUAGCUGUAAUUUGCUAUGUGCGCAACAAGCGGAAGUUGUACAAUCCACCAGUACGAUACCAGGCUGCUAAGUUCCCUCCUGAGGAAGUUUGAGCUACUGUGACUAGUUGCAAGUAAAUAAGCUCAGUAGGCCUACCUCUAAAAUGUGAUGUUUACUGUUACUAGUACUGUAUUCCAAUUUAUAUUUUAUUGUGAAUCAGCUGUAUUUUUUAGAAAAUAUAGACAUUCUAAUCUAUCAUUCAUAUUAUAGGCUGUGAAAUUAUAUGACAUGACAUGUAUGCAACAAUUUUUUGCUGCAGUGAACUUCACCAGAGUGUCAGUCAUAUUCAUAAAAUGACCAAUCAGGACCAGGCCAAUGGAUAUGUUCUUAUCCCACAAACACACAUAUUGGAGAGGUUUCGCACGUGAAGGAAUACAUUAUAUACGCAUACAUUUAGCUAUCCAUAACGGUUUGUAGCCAUGCUAUGCUUUUUGCAAUGACAGCGAAAUUUAAGCAUCAGACCUUGGGGCUAGCCUAGGGCCUAGCUAGGCUAUUCCUUUUUCUUCUCUCAUCAUGCUUCUCAAAAUCAGAUUUUGGCAUGUCCUAAAGUUUUAGUAUGUAAAAUUUUGGAAAUUGUAAGUGGUAGCCGAAUAACACUCCUUUCUAUGUUGCCCAAAUGAGUUGGUUAUUUUGUGACCCAAAAAUGCCUGGCUACUAUAAGCUAGGCCUAGGCCUACAGGAAAACACCACCAAGCACCGACGUUUUUUAAUACCUCAAAAUGAGACGCAUCCUGUCUUAACUUGCUGUCUUCAAAAGUCACAAAAAUGACACGUACGUAUUAAUUAAGAUAUAUUUAUAUUUUAAACUUUACUGUAAAUGUGAAAAAAAAAAACGAAGAUUGUACUAGAAAUCCUAAAUUUCCCUACGUAUUUUUCAUGUACGUGUAGAUAUGCGUGUCGUCCACACGGUUAAUGGAUAGCAACCGGCAUAUGACGUCAUAAAUGAUGACAUAUACGUCAAACUAACUGUAUGCAUUUGCAUGCGAAACCUCCCUAUUGUCUUAUAAAUGUACAUGAUAUGUACGUUUGCGUUGUUGAUUUGUGGAACCUUAGCAACAAUAAAGUGCGGGGUUUAACUGAAUAGUCUGUUGUACUUUACAAUAACACAGUUAUUUAUAAUAGGCUAAUCCCCUUUAAUCUGAUACCCUUUUCUGUGCUAUAGUUUUUGACAUUAAGAAUCGUAGGUGUAAACUCUAGAUACUUCCAUCGAAAGUUGAUUGGUUGGGCAAUAUUUCAGGUAGAUGGCCAAUUUUGCUGUUGGUUUAUUAGGAUUACAUAAUGGAGAACAUUUUCUUAAUUGCAAAGUUGGUGCAUGGAUUUUGAGAAUGUUCAUGAUUUUAAAUCUAUACUUAUGUUUAAAAUGUUAGCGAGUAUAUAUAUUGAUGUUGUCUUAGAAUAGUGUGUUGUAGUCCAGUGCAUGUUUAGAACUCAUUAUAGUAUUGAUAUUUCUGUAUGUUAAAACUAAAUUUAAAGGUGCAUAUAUACUGUCUUGGGUGAGAUCAUAAAGUUCUUUACUUUGUAUAUUUAAGUUGAAAGCAAGCUUUUUAAAAUUAGAAAACAAUCCUUGCCAGCUAAUAGAGUAACUUUCCUAUAUUUUUUUUGCAAUAUACCCUUUAAAAAAUUAUUAAAACUGGUAAUUACUUUUUUUGUUGUAAGGCAUUUGUAAAUAGGUAGCUAGAAAAGGUAUUGUUGUUUAAUAACUUAUUUUAUGCUUUUGUGUGAUCGAUUUAAUUUUGUUGUAUUUCAAUUUCUGAAGUUUUCAAUAUUUCACCACAAACAGUUUGUCUUUUAAUAUAAAUUUAUCUGAAUUAUGAUGCUAACAUUUGUGUUAGUGGAAGUUUGGACAAUGUGUUAAACACCUUGAGAGUACAUGAGUAUUUAUACAGUACAGAUACAUUUGUUCCCAGUACUAAUACAGGUGUAUACAGUACAGAUACAUUUGUACCCAGUACUAAUACAGGUGUAUACAGUGCAGAUACAUUUGUAUCCAGUACUAAUACAGGUGUAUACAGUGCAGAUACAUUUGUACCCAGUACUAAUACAGGUGUAUACAGUACAGAUACAUUUGUACCCAGUACUAAUACAGGUGUAUACAGUACAGAUACAUGUAUAUGCAGUACUAAUAUAGGUGUAUACAGUAUACAUUUGUAUCCAGUACUAUUGCAGGUGUAUACAUCAGACAAGACUAUUUUUAUUCCUUGUUUCACAUACUUAUUUUUUUUUAAAGAUCAUUGGAAGAGGGCGCAAUAAAAAUAA